AUGACGUACUUCAUGCAUGAAACUUCUCUACAAACAGAGAAAGAUCGACUAACCUACCAACACAACUUGAUGUUACACAUUCUUGGCGGUAGGCUAGGACAGGCACCAGUUGACUCGCAAGCUCAUGUGCUAGAUGUGGCCACUGGGACAGGAAUUUGGGCCCUGCAGUAUGGUGCGUGUCGUAGCUUCUCUCUCUUUUACUUCUUAAGGCUAAUAUUGGGAGCAGCUGAGCAGCAUCCCGAGUCAAGGGUGCUCGGUGUUGAUCUUAGUAUCACGAAAUCGCAGGAGUUACUACCAGAAAACUGCCAGUUCCAGCAGCUCGAUGCCGAGAAUGGCGAGUGGCCACAGGCUCAAUUUGACUACAUCCACUUUGGAUAUGUGAUCACUUGCUUUGACGACACCAAAGCCGUAAUGAAGAAAGCAUUUGAUCACAUGCAGCCCGGCGGCUGGGUUGAGCUUCACGAUCCUGAAUUGCGAAAUGUUGGUGAUGACGACUCUGCUAAAGGUACUGCUAUUGAAGAAUGGGUUGGAACGGUUCUCAGAGGAGGCAGAAUCGUUGGGCGAGAUAUGCUCAAGUCAGCUCACUAUGAGGCAUGGCUCCACGAAACGGGCUUCGUCAAUGUCCAAGACGUCAAAUUCACGCUGCCAAUUAAUGAAUGGCCAGAGAACCUCAAACUCAAAAAGGUUGGCGCCAUAUACAAACAUAAUCUCUUGGGGUUACUUGAGAGCCUCGCCCAAUUCCUGACCUUAGCGGGUUUGUCCAACACAGAGGCCGAAGAUCUGAAGGAGCGUGCAAAGAGGGAUAUUCACAAUCCGCAGAUUCGCUUAGCCUUUCCACUGUAA